AUGCAUGGGAGCGGGUCGGAAUACUGGCCAUGCCGGAGGAAAGCCCAGUCAUGUGCCUCCGUCAGCUGUGGCACCAACAACAGCACCAGCAACAGCACCAGCACCAACAACAGCACCAACAACAGCACCAACAACAGCACCAGCACCAACAACAGCACCAGCACCAACAACAGCACCAGCACCAACAACAGCACCAACAACAGCACCAGCACCAACAACAGCACCAGCACCAACAACAGCACCAACAACAGCACCAGCACCAACAACAGCACCAGCAACAGCACCAGCACCAACAACAGCACCAGCACCAACAACAGCACCAGCACCAACAACAGCACCAGCACCAACAGGAGCACCAACACCAGCACCAACAACAGCACCAACAACAGCACCAGCACCAACAACAGCACCAGCACCAACAACAGCACCAGCACCAACAACAGCACCAACAACAGCACCAGCACCAACAACAGCACCAGCACCAACAACAGCACCAACAACAGCACCAGCACCAACAACAGCACCAACAACAGCACCAACAACAGCACCAGCACCAACAACAGCACCAGCACCAACAACAGCACCAGCACCAACAACAGCACCAGCACCAACAACAGCACCAGCACCAACAGGAGCACCAACACCAGCACCAAUAACAGCACCAGCACCAACAACAGCACCAGCACCAACACCAGCACCAGCAACAGCACCAGCACCAACAACAGCACCAGCACCAACAACAGCACCAACACCAGCACCAGCACCAACAACAGCACCAGCACCAACAGGAGCACCAACAACAGCGCUGAUAGUGUCCUCAAAUGUUGCUACUGGAUCUCUGCAGGGACCAAAGUUGGGACGGACCCUUCUCCCACUCACGGUCCCCCAGCAGCAGAUGGCCCAGAGCAGAGCGGGUCAAGCUAA